AUGGAUCACUCUCUCAAGCUGAAUCCUUUGCUCCCUUUGCUGUUUGUGGUCGUUCUCCUGUAUUUUACCCGACAAUAUCUACACCAGACCUGGAAAACUGAGGAAGAGGACGACCUAAAACGAGUUGAUGGAUUCAAGAGCUGCGGGAACUCUAGGGAUAUCGUCGAGCAUAUGAAAUCCACAGGGACAAACUUGGUCGUCUUCUUCGGAUCUCAGACUGGAACAGCUCAAGACUACGCCGGAAAGUUAGCGAAAGAAGGUCAUUCUCGGUUUGGAUUAAAAACUCUGGUCGCCGACAUUGAGGACUAUGACUACGAAAACCUGGUGGAUUUCCCUUCGGACAGCGCCGCCAUCUUUGUGUUGGCGACCUAUGGCGAGGGAGAACCGACCGACAACGCCGUCGACUUUUGGCAAUUCAUUACCGACCAAAAUCCUCCAUUUGCUUCAGACAAAGAAACCCCUUUGAGUAGUUUGAAAUACGCCAUGUUCGGGCUUGGAAACUCCACGUAUGAGCAUUUCAACGCCGUUGUUAGGAAGGUGGACAGUUGCCUAGAAGCUCAUGGUGCCUCACGGCUGUGUGAGACCGGCGAAGGAGACGAUGGCGGCAACAAAACUACAGAAGAGGAUUUCUUGACCUGGAAAGAGACCAUGUGGAAGCGUCUAGCUUCCGAGAUGCAUCUGGAAGAGUGCGAGCAAGUCUACGAGCCCAGUUUCGACGUGCAAGAAAAGGAAACACAGUCAGACGCACCUCUCGUCUACCUUGGAGAGCCGAACUCGAUGCAUUUAUCUAACGAGCAGCGUGGUCCGUUUGGCGCCCACAACCCAUACCUUGCGCCGAUUGUCGAGUCCUUUAAACUCUUUACCGUGCCAGGGCGAAAUUGUCUCCACAUCGAAUUCGACAUUGGUGAUUCCACCCUAGCUUACCAGACCGGGGAUCAUUUGGGAGUUUGGCCCAUGAAUGCCGAUGUCGAAGUGGAGCGCUUCCUGAGAGUGUUUGGUCUCUGGGACAAGCGAAAUACAGUCAUUGAAAUCAAGGCUGACAGUCAAGGGAAGGUGCCUUUUCCGACCCCAACCACCUACGAAGCAGCAGUUCGAUAUUACCUCGAAAUCUGUGUGCCUGUCUCUCGGCAGUUUGUUGGUAUGCUGGCGCAGUUCAGCCCUUCUGAGGAUGUCCGAAAGCAGCUGGCCAAGCUGGGGAGUGACAAGGAGUAUUUCCACCAAGGAGUCGCCGCAAAGUGUUUGAAUCUGGCCCAGCUUCUGGAGGCCACAAGUCCUACCCUCCCUUUUUCAGACGUGCCUUUCUCGGCUAUAAUCGAGAAUGUACGCCGACUGCAGCCUCGGUACUACUCCAUCUCAUCGUCAUCUCUGGUCCAGAGCCACAAAAUAUCCAUCACUGCAGUCGUGGAAUCUCGGCAGGUGGCUUCAGAGACAAAGUACCUGAAGGGUGUUGCAACAAAUUAUUUACUUGCUCUCAAACAAAAGAGAUCGGGCGAAGUCAAUCCAGAUCCGUACGGAAGGACUUACCACCUGGAAGGUCCUCGAGGCAAGUAUACGCUUAAGGUACCAGUAUACGUGCGGCCAUCCACCUUCAAGCUUCCCUCUGACGCCUCAUUACCGGUCAUCAUGGUCGGCCCUGGGACGGGUGUAGCUCCUUUCCGGGCAUUUGUCCAGGAGCGAGCGUUUUUGGCAAAGUCAGGCCAAGAAGUCGGCCAUACAGUUCUCUUCUUCGGUUGCAGGCGGCGAUCAGAAGAUUUUCUCUAUGAAAAAGAAUGGCAGGACGACAGAGAUGCGCUUGGGGAGAAAUUUCAGCUUUUCACUGCAUUCUCCCGAGAGACCAGUCAAAAGGUCUACGUUCAACAUCUCUUGGCUGAGCAGUCGGACCUCAUUUACAGCCUCUUACAACAUAAGGCUUAUUUCUAUGUCUGCGGAGAUGCGGCACACAUGGCCAAAGAUGUCAACGAGGCGCUUGUCCAUCUGGUAGCUCAAGGGGAAAAGAUUUCAUUAACUGAGGCUGAGAACUAUAUCAAAAGAAUGAGGAAUUCGGCUCAAUACUUGGAGGAUGAGGAAUAUCAGGAUAUUGAUAAGACGCUUGGAUUCCUCAAUAUGCCCAAAAGUACGGACCAUAAAGCGGAAUUCGCAAAGGAAGAGGAGGAGAUCCUCGAGCAGCUGUACAAAGGGUGGUUGCGCUACUGGAACAAGGAGUCGAUGCACGACCCCGGCGCGAACCAAUCACGCAGGUUCUACGAUUUUAAAGAGAUGCUCAGCUACGAUAUGUUCGGGACCACCAUCCGAGGCAAGUUCAACGAGCACUUUGAGAAUGUGUUCCCGUAUUACGUCGACGGCCAGAUGGAAUACAAGGACCUGGAGAUCGUCGUGCUUUCUCCGACCCACGCCUUCACCACGUGCUAUCAGCACACCUGGGGAAAGGCGGGCGGAGAUCCCUUCAACAUCACAUUCCGAAGGACGGGGAUUGCGAGGAAGCAAGAUGGCCAGUGGAAAUGGAUCCACGAGCAUCUUUCCUUCCCCGUCAACAUGGCGACCAGGCAGGCCGACUACAAUUGUGAAAGCAAUGCUCUUGAGUCGUUCAAGUUUCAGGAAUGA